CAAAAGAUCAGUGCCUGCCAACAAACAAACUCCGGUUCUUACUGCCACACCGAUCGAUGAUCGGAUGUUUGUUGAGUUCUCAAAUAUGGGGCCCAGAUCGGAAGGGAGGUAUCUGUUCGGGUUGAUGCCAUCUUCUAUGUGGUGUCAUACUGCGAUCAAAGUUCCCCCGAGCUUCACUAACUUGACUCACUGGUCGGACCUUUUCGAAGCAGGUCACCAGGAAGCACUCAAGGCUGGCGUGUACUAUCACAAAGCCUUUCUUGCUGCUGAGAAGGAGAUGAAAGCCCUGGCCAGUGAUCGGGAUGACGGCCAGGUCCUUCUU